AAACAGCAAGAAAGAGUCUUCUUUGAUCUUUCCCAUCCUUUCUCUCCUCUCGAUCCCAAAUAUUAAACCUCCAUUCACAAAUCAAAAGCCAGAGAGAGCGAGAGACAGAGAGAGGGAAAGAGAUGAUAGAAGCUGCAGAGAGAGCUUUGCAGUGCUUAGGAAGAGGCUUCGACGUGGCAUCUGAUUUCCGGCCGAAGCACUGCAAGGGGAAGCAGCGGCUUGUCCUUUUAAACGAAGAUGACACCGUUGACCUCUGCAUACCCGUCGCCGGCGGUGGCGUUCUCCGGCGUGUCUCCGUCGAUAUCAAGUGUGACAAGGGCGAGAGAGUUCGAUAUCAGUCUGACGUGCUCGAGUUUAACCAGAUGUCUGAAUGGUUCAACCAUAGGAAUGCAAUUUCUGGGAAGAUACCUUCAGGAGUCUUCAAUGCCAUGUUUGGUUUCAAUGGCAGCUCCUGGGCUCAAGAUGCAAUGGAGACCAAAAGCUUGGCCAUGGAUGGUUACUUCAUCACUCUCUUCGAUCUCCGAAUCGAUCGGAAGCAAUUGAUGCUCUCUGAUCAAGUCAUUGAUGCAGUUCCGGCUAAAUGGGAUCCAGCUUCCCUCGCCAGGUUUAUUGAGAAUUACGGAACUCAUAUAAUAGUGGGGUUGAGUGUGGGAGGGCAGGAUGUGGUUUAUGUGAGGCAGGAUCAGACUUCUGACCUCUCCCCUUCCAAGCUGAAGCACAAUUUGGACCAGCUUGGAGACCAGCUCUUCACUGGCACCUGUCUUCUCCCUCCUCUUCACUACAGGUCCAAGGACUACAAGCCCAAGAUUUCGGAGGCUUUCAAUGUAUUUGACCUGCAGCCCUUAAUGAUGGAUGGUUUCACCAAUGUAUCAUGUAAAAAUGGCUUAACGGUCGUCUGUUCAAGAAGAGGAGGAGAUACUUCAGCAAGCAGCCACUAUGAAUGGCUUCUCACAGUUCCUUCCAUGCCAGAUAUUAUCAAUUUCACUUUUGUGCCGAUAACCUCACUAAUGAAGGGCGUGGCCGGCGCUGGCUUCUUGGCCCAUGCCAUCAAUUUGUACCUCCGAUAUAAGCCUCCUCUGUCCGAGCUUCACCACUUUCUGGAAUUCCAAUCCCACAGAUCCUGGGCUCCACUCCUCAACGACCACCCAUUAGGCCCCAGCUCCAAUCGUUCCAAAUCCUCCUCCUCCCUUCAACUAGCUCUCAUCGGCCCCAAGCUCCGCAUCAACACCUCCCCUGUCAUCAUCCCCCACCGCCAACCAGUCACGGGAAUCCGCCUCCACCUGGAAGGCAAGUACACGAACUGCCUCGCCAUCCAUCUCCAACACCUAUCCACCACCCCCACUCUCUUCAGCUCCACCACCCCCACCCCCCACCGCUGGAAUAGCUCAGCCAUCGUGGCCGCCGGCAAUGACAACUACUAUGAGCCUCUAGAUUGGCGCCGGCUCUCACGCGUUUGCACUGCACCGGUUGAACCAGAACCAGACUGGCUUCCCACCCUUACUGAAUCAGCCUAUGUGGUUUCUGGGGCCCAACUUCAAAUGGAUGGCGGUAGCAGUACUCUUCACCUGCGCUUGCUCUUUACAGAGCUGCCCGGUUGCGUUAUCACCCGGUCGAUUUGGGAGCGCGGGCCUCAGUUGUUUUCUUCAGGGCCUUCAGGAUUCUUGCAGAGAUCAGGGAUUCUGUCCAGUGUUGCAGAAAGAGAGGUGUUGGUGGAGAUGCCUAAGGUGGUGGUGGACUCAGGGAUUUUUGUGGGAGGUCCACCGGCUGCUGGGUUAGCGAAGAAGUUGCAGAAGUAUGUGGAUACAAGGGAAAGGUGUAAGGGGGCUGGUGAUAGUCCUGGAUAUUGGGUGGUGACCGGUGCAAAAUUGGAUUUAGACAAGGGGAGAAUUGGGAUACAUGUUAGAUUUUCACUUCUCACUAUUUUGUCAUAGAGCAGUUCCUGUUCUACUUUUUUGGUUGUACAGUGCACUUCUUUUUUGGCAAUUGUUUUGAUCCAAAAGAUAAGAAUUGGAUUAACUUUUAAUUUGUAUUGUUCGUUUGAAUGGAAGGAAGACUUAGCUAUGAUACUUGCUGGAGUGGAUUUCUGGAAAA